GCUUCAUAGAUGUGUCUUUCUUUUACUCUGUGUAUUACAUAUGAUAUAAAAUUUAUUGUUAACAUUCUUCACUAACAGCAAUGACGACCAUGUGAAUAGCAUGCUUCGGUUUUUCUAACUUACAAAUCUGUUUUUGUCUGCUUAUGGACUUACCGUAAGUUACAGUGUAAUGCGCAUAGAGUGAGUGUGUGGAAAGCCGAGCCUGCCUACUGCCUGCUUGGGAAAUCUAAAGCACAUCUGCGGCCACUGCCAUGGCUGAACGCCGCGCCUUCGCACAGAAAAUAAACAGGACUGUGGCAGCAGAGGUCAGGAAGCAGAUAUCUGGACAGUAUGGAGGUUCCCCACAGCUCUUCAAACACCCAAAUGCAGGGACAGCGGCAAGUAACACGGUGCCCCUCACGGAAGCGGUGGACCCAGUGGAUUUUGAGGAGUACCUGAUCACACACCCUCCCAUCGUGGAGUCGGGACCUCUCAGAGAUCUAAUAGAGUUUCCUCCUGAUGAUAUCGAAGUCAUCUACACACCGAGGGAAUGUCGCACAGUAGUACAGGCUGUCCCAGAAGAAGGAGACACAGAUGCUCAUGUCAGAGACUGUGUUCGAUCAUACACAGAAGACUGGGCGAUUGUUAACAGGAAAUAUCACAAGCUCGGUACGGGUUUCAAUCCUAACGCACUUGACAAACAAAAGGAGCGUCAAAAAGGCCUCCCCAAGCAAAUCUUUGAAGCGGAUGAAAUGCCAGAGACCAGCAGUUACCAAGACGAUCAGGAUGAUUUGAAGCGGCGUUCCAUGUCUAUAGAUGACACCCCCAGGGGCAGUUGGGCAUGCAGCAUCUUUGACUUAAAAAAUUCACUUCCGGACCCUCUCCUCCCUCAUCUCCUGGACCGCGCACCCAAUGAGGAAAUCGACCGCCACAACGAAGACCAACGCAAAACCAGCCGCCAUCGCGAGUUGUUUGCUCUACAUCCUGCUCUGGAUGAGGAAGAGCCCAUUGAGCGCCAUUGUGUUCCUGAAGUACCUAAAGAGCACUUCGGACAGAGGCUACUCGUCAAGUGCUUGUCCUUGAAGUUUGAAAUCGAAAUUGAGCCGAUAUUUGCUAGUUUGGCCUUAUACGAUGUCAAGGAAAAGAAAAAGAUAUCAGAGAACUUUUUCUUUGACUUAAACUCUGAGCAAACAAAAGCCAUGCUGCGUCCCCAUAUUCAAACUGCAGCCAUCUCAACACUGGCCCGAUCUGCUGUAUUUUCAAUUACCUACCCUUCUCAAGAUGUCUUCCUAGUCAUCAAGCUGGAGAAAGUUCUGCAACAAGGUGAUAUUGGAGAAUGUGCUGAACCCUACAUGGUUUUCAAAGAGUCAGAUGCUGCCAAGAAUAAAGAAAAAUUGGAGAAGCUUCGCAGCCAGUCAGAGCAGUUCUGCCAACGCCUGGGCCGCUACCGGAUGCCAUUUGCUUGGACUGCAAUCCACCUGAUGAACAUCGUCAACAGUGCAGGCAGCUUGGAGAGAGACACAGAAAUGGAGAUGAGUCUGUCAGAGCGAAAAGGCUCUUGGUCUGAGCGGAGGAACUCAAGCAUCAUGGGAAGGCGUUCACUGGAGAGGACCACAAGUGGAGAUGAGGCUUGUAGCCUCACAGGGUUCAGACCGGCCACUCUCACCAUCACCAAUUUUUUCAAACAGGAAGGAGACAGACUUAGUGAUGAGGAUCUGUAUAAGUUCCUUGCUGAUAUGAGGAGGCCUUCUUCAGUGCUGAGGAGGCUUCGACCCAUCACAGCCCAGUUGAAGUUGGACAUUUCUCCAGCACCAGAGAACCCCCACUAUUGCUUGACCCCUGACCUCCUGCAGGUCAAGCCUUACCCCGACAGCAGAGUCCGGCCCACACGCGAAAUCCUUGAGUUUCCUGCGAGGGAUGUCUACGUGCCAAAUACCACAUACAGGAAUCUACUGUAUGUCAACCCUCAAAGUCUUAACUUUGCCAACCGCCAAGGCUCUGCCCGCAACAUCACUGUCAAAGUGCAAUUCAUGAACGGAGAAGACCCAAAUAAUGCCAUGCCUGUCAUAUUUGGAAAGUCCAGCUGUGCAGAUUUCUACAAAGAAGCCUAUACUUCUGUAGUAUACCAUAACAGAUCGCCAGACUUUUCGGACGAGGUCAAAAUUAAGCUCCCUGCAUCUUUGUCCGAUCACCACCACAUCCUCUUCACCUUUUAUCAUGUCAGCUGUCAGCAGAAGCAAAACACACCACUGGAGACGCCUGUUGGUUACACGUGGAUCCCCAUGUUGCAGAAUGGGCGUCUGCGGACGGGACACUUUUGCCUUCCUGUGUCUCUAGAAAAACCUCCUCAGUCCUACUCAGUGCUCUCUCCAGAUGUUCCACUUCCAGGAAUGAAGUGGGUGGAUAACCAUCGAGGUGUAUUUAAUGUGGAAGUUACAGCUGUCUCCACCAUUCACACGCAGGAUCAGUACCUGGAUAAGUUCUUUGCUCUGGUGCACGCCUUGGAUGAGCACAUGUUCCCAGUGCGGAUUGGAGACAUGCGUAUUAUGGAGAACAGUCUGGAGGCAGAGCUCAAAACCAGCAUCGCAGCCCUGAACUCUGCUCAACUGGAGCCUGUUGUGAGGUUCCUUCACCUGCUGCUGGAUAAACUGGUGCUGCUUGUGGUGCGCCCACCAGUUAUUGCUGGACAGAUAGUGAACCUGGGACAAGCGUCAUUCGAGGUCAUGGCGUCUAUAGUAAACCGACUCCAUAAAUAUCUGGACACCAGCCAAGACAUGCAUGGACGCAACAGUCUGCUAUCCUCCUAUAUCCACUAUGUCUUCCGUCUGCCCAGCACUGACCCCAACUCCCCUUCACCGGACUCCGAUUCAGCUUCAACAGGCCCUGGUGGACUGGGAGGUUCCAUGCACUAUGCCACCAUGGCUCGAUCAGCCGUGCGACCCGCCAGUCUCAACCUGAACCGCUCCCGUAGCCUUAGCAACAGUAAUCCUGACAUUUCCGGGACGCCCACCUCCCCUGAUGACGAGGUUCGCUCCAUCAUCGGCAGCAAGGCCAUGGAGCGCUGUGGUAAUCGCAUGUCUUCGCACACUGAGAGCUCCAGUUUCUUGCAAAGUUUAACAGGACGAUUGCCCACAAAAAAGCUGUUUCACGAGGAGUUGGCUCUGCAGUGGGUUGUGAGCAGUGGCAGUGUCCGUGAGGGCGCUCUCCAACAGGCCUGGUUCUUCUUUGAACUGAUGGUGAAGAGUAUUAUCCACCACCUGUACUUCACGGACCGGUUGGAGUCGCCACGGAAACAUCGCUUCCCAGAGCGCUUCAUGGAUGAUAUCACAGCCCUGGUCAGCACCAUCGCCGGGGAUAUUGUAUCUCGCUUUCAGAAGGACUUGGAGCUUGUGGAGAGACUUAACACCAGCCUGGCCUUCUUUCUGAAUGAUUUGCUCUCAGUAAUGGACAGGGGCUUUGUCUUCACUUUAAUAAGAGCCUAUUGGAAGCAGGUGUCAACGAAGCUUUAUAAUCUCCAAAACCCCACCCUGGAGUCUCUAAGGCUGGAUUUCUUGAGGAUUGUGUGUAGCCAUGAGCAUUAUGUCACACUUAAUCUCCCGUGCAGCCUGCUCACCCCCCCAGCCUCCCCAUCGCCUUCUGUGUCAUCUGCCACUUCACAGAGCUCUGGUUUCUCCACUCAUGUCCAAGACCAAAAAAUAGCCAACAUGUUUGAGCUGUCAGUUCCAUUUCGAGAGCAGCACUUUUUGGCUGGGCUGGUGUUGUCUGAGCUGUCUGUGAUUCUAGAGCCAGAGAAUGAAGUGAUGUUUGGUCUGCAUAAGAAAGUGGUAAAUGUAGUUCAUAACCUGCUCUCCAGUCAUGACUCUGACCCACGGUAUGCCGACCCAGAGGUCAAAGGUCGAGUUGCCAUGCUGUACCUGCCUCUAAUUGGGAUCGUCAUGGAAGCACUGCCUCAGCUGCACGACUUCACUGAAUCCCAUAACCAGUGGGGGCGUCCUGGAGCUCCCCCGGGGGCAGCAGUGAGCAGCAGUGGUGAAGAGGCAGAAAGUGAAGCUAACAUAAUUAACCAAACUGUUGCCAUGGCAAUAGCAGGCACCUCCACAGCGUCGCCAAUGUCCCGACCGAGCAGCUUCAUGCUCAACUCCCAGACCCCACGUCAGCAUGGGAGCUUUUCGGCUGAGUCCAGUCGCAGUCUGUUGAUCUGUCUCCUGUGGGUGCUCAAAAAUGCAGAUGAGCUGGUGCUACAGAAGUGGUUCACUGACCUGUCUGUGACCCAGCUCAACCGCCUUCUGGACCUACUUUACCUCUGCGUAUCCUGCUUUGAAUACAAGGGGAAGAAGGCCUUUGAGCGAAUGAACAGCCUCACAUUCAAGAAAUCCAAAGACAUGAAGGCUAAACUGGAGGAGGCUAUUUUGGGAAGCAUCGGGGCCAGGCAGGAGAUGGUCCGUCGCAGCCGUGGUCAGCUAGAGCGGAGUCCUUCUGGCAGUGCUUUUGGCAGCCAGGAAAACUUGCGCUGGAGAAAGGACAUGACCCACUGGAGACAGAACAGUGAAAAGUUGGACAAGAGUCACAGAUCAGUCAGGACAAGAGCAGAGCUGGAGCAUGAAGCACUUAUAGAUGGAAACCUGGCAACAGAGGCCAACCUAAUUAUUCUGGAUACAUUGGAAAUCAUUGUACAGACUGUAUCCGUGACUGAAUCCAAAGAGAGCAUCCUGGGAGGAGUUCUGAAGGUGCUGCUACACAGUAUGGCCUGUAACCAGAGCGCCCUCUACCUGCAGCACUGCUUUGCUACACAAAGAGCACUUGUGUCUAAGUUUCCGGAGCUGCUGUUUGAAGAGGAGACAGAGCAGUGUGCAGAUCUUUGUUUACGGUUGCUAAGAAGCUGCAGCAGUAGCAUCAGCACCAUCAGAUCUCAUGCCAGCGCUUCUCUCUACCUCCUCAUGAGACAAAACUUUGAGAUAGGAAAUAACUUUGCUCGGGUGAAGAUGCAGGUGACCAUGUCCCUCUCAUCUCUUGUGGGAACAUCUCAAAAUUUCAAUGAGGAGUUUUUACGCCGUUCCUUAAAAACAAUCCUCACGUAUGCAGAGGAGGACCUGGAGCUCAGAGAAACCACAUUUCCAGACCAGGUUCAGGACCUUGUAUUUAAUUUGCACAUGAUCCUGUCAGACACAGUGAAGAUGAAAGAGCAUCAGGAAGAUCCAGAGAUGCUCAUUGAUCUGAUGUACAGAAUCGCUAAGGGUUACCAAACGUCUCCGGACCUGCGGCUCACGUGGCUCCAGAACAUGGCUGGGAAACACUCAGAGAGGAACAACCACGCAGAGGCUGCCCAGUGUUUGGUACACAGCGCCGCCCUGGUGGCUGAAUACCUCAGCAUGUUGGAAGAUCGCAAAUAUCUCCCUGUGGGUUGUGUCACGUUCCAGAACAUCUCUUCAAACGUGCUGGAGGAGUCUGCAGUCUCUGAUGAUGUGGUGUCUCCAGAUGAGGAGGGCAUUUGUUCUGGAAAAUACUUCACAGAAAUCGGUUUAGUCGGACUUUUAGAGCAGGCUGCUGCCUCUUUUUCCAUGGCAGGCAUGUACGAGGCGGUAAAUGAAGUUUAUAAGGUACUCAUCCCAAUCCACGAAGCUAACCGCGAUGCAAAGAAGCUAGCCACUAUUCAUGGUAAACUGCAGGAAGCAUUUGGGAAAAUUGUUCAUCAGAGUACUGGCUGGGAGCGCAUGUUUGGUACUUACUUCAGAGUUGGAUUUUAUGGCUCAAAAUUCGGUGACUUGGAUGAGCAGGAGUUUGUUUACAAAGAGCCAGCUAUCACCAAACUGGCAGAAAUCUCACACAGGCUAGAGGGUUUCUAUGGGGAGAGAUUUGGAGAAGACCAGGUAGAAGUCAUUAAAGACUCCAACCCAGUGGACAAAUGUAAACUGGACCCAAAUAAGGCCUUCAUCCAGAUCACGUAUGUGGAGCCGUAUUUUGACACGUACGAAAUGAAGGACCGCAUCACGUACUUCGAUAAAAACUACAACCUGCGACGCUUCGUGUACUGCACCCCCUUCACUCUGGAUGGGCGAGCUCACGGAGACCUGCACGAACAAUACAAACGCAAAACCAUCCUGACCACCUCCCACGCCUUCCCCUACAUCAAGACUCGAAUCAACAUCAUCCACAAAGAGGAGAUAAUCUCCACUCCCAUCGAAGUAGCCAUUGAGGACAUGCAGAAGAAGACGCAGGAGCUGGCCUUUGCCACUCACCAGGACCCUGCUGACGCCAAGAUGCUUCAGAUGGUCCUGCAGGGAUCAGUGGGCACGACAGUCAACCAGGGUCCUUUGGAAGUAGCUCAAGUUUUCCUGUCAGAGAUUCCCAGUGAUCCUAAACUAUACAGACACCAUAACAAACUACGGCUCUGCUUCAAAGAUUUCACUAAGAGGUGUGAGGAUGCUCUGCGCAAGAACAAGAGCCUGAUUGGGCCAGAUCAGAAAGAGUACCAGAGGGAACUGGAGCGGAACUACCAUCGCCUGAAGGAGGCGCUGCAGCCUCUCAUCAACAGGAAGAUCCCACAGCUUUACAAACCUGUCUUGCAGGUCAACGCACACAGAGAUUCCUUCAGCCGAUUGAGUCUUCGUAAACUCGACAUCUGAGGAGGAAGAGAGGGUAUAUGAGACACUUUGCAAUAUUAAUUUAUUUGAGUGUAAAUAUGUUUUUAAGUUGGUCAGUGUUCUGAGAGAAAGUCUAUUGUGUUGGAGCUUGGUACGUCAUUCCAGUGUCUUGAUUUGUUUACACAGACUGUUACACAAUCAGAAGCUUGAACAAAUGGAUCUCACAUGUUAAAAAAAAAGUUAUCUUGACUUUUCACUUAAAGGUGCACUGUAUAAUUGGGGGUGUUACUGCUUUACCUGUAAGUAAUGUUCCAUAGUAAGACAUUCAUCUUAUUUACUUCCACGAAGAAUAGCAGCUCACAGUAAGAAUGUUUUUAAUGUGUGUUUUUUUUUAGCAAUAAUAACAUCUGAAUCCGAAUAAAUACAAAAUAAAUCACUUUAAUGCCAUACUGUGGGACAUUCCAGCCAAAGAAAUAGUAUCUCCACAGGGACCAACAAUGGACCCACAAGCUGAAAAGUUACAUUUCUCUUAAAGGUACUUUGUAAGUGAAGAUGUUAUUGCUUUACUUGGAAUGUUCCAUUCUAAGGCAUUAAACUUAUUUCCUUCCGUGGAGACAAGCAGCAGACGCCAACAGAUCAGCUUACAGAGCAGAUCAGUUGAGAGGCGAAUCCGCUCACAGUAAGAAUACAUGUUUUCCCAUGUGUUUUUGAGCAAUAAAUACAUCUAAAACUGAGUAAAUGCUAAAUAAAUCAGUGUAAUGCCAUAUUGUAGGACAUCGAGGGCAAAGCAAUAACAUCUCUAUGGGAACCUACUGAUAGUUAAACCCCCAAGCUGAAAAGUUACAUUUCACUUCAAGGUGAUGAUGUUAUUGCUUUACCUGUAAUGUUCCAUAGUAAAGCAUUAAAAUUAUGUACUUCCAUAGAGACAAGCAGGUGAUGCCAGCAGACCAGUUUAUAAUAUCAGGUCUGCUGAGAGGCGACCCCAUUCAGUGUAAAUAAAUAUACAUGUUUUCAUUUUGUUUUGUAACAAUAAAGGCACCUGCAAUGUAAUAAAGAUGAGAUACUGUAGAUAACUUUAAUACUAUACCAUGAAACAUUACAGGUAAAGCAUCAGCAACAUCUCCAAGGAGACUGAUUGCAGACUCCAAAGCAGAAAGUUACAUAGUGCGCCUUUAAACCUUUUUUCUGUUUUCUCUGAUUGUUGCUAAGAGACGUUCAUUUCACUUCAACAACUGCUGCCUUGAAGAGCACCUGAAUGCAUAACAAGAAUGCACAAUUACUGCUUUAUCAGUUCAUAAAAGUGCCAAAUCUGUAAUUCUCGCCAAAUGUUUCCUCAAGAGGAACUAUUUUAAAGAAAUCAAGGUGUCUUCUUAAGUUACCAGUGUACCAUGUGUCAAAACUUAUUUCUUGUGUGCACUUUUUAUGGUGUAGCAAUGCAUUUUUAGACUUGAAAGAUUAUGUAAACAAAGGUGAAGAAAAAACAUGCAAAAAGGUAUUCUAUUAUUUAUCAUGAUGCAUCAGUGUUUUGUUUGGUACUUGCAACCUGUAUAAUUUUUAGUUUUGUUUUAUUUUACAUAUUUUACUAAAUAAAUAUUUUAAUGUUGGA